AUGUCUUGGUCUGCCUCUCUGUCGCACCGCUUCGCUCGGUGCCCGACUUUCUGGCGUCGUCUGAUCCAGUUUCUGGCGGUGCUGGUCAUCGUCGAGAGCCUCUGGGAAGCGCUGCGCGUUCAUCAACAAGUCCGGCCAUCGCCGGCCAUCCCCUUGAAUCAACCCUCCCCACGCGGUCGCAUCUAUAUUGCCAGCAUCCAGAGCAACACGGAGGACAUCUUGCGUCGUCAUUGGAAUCAUGCCGUGGUGGAACUGGCACGAACGCUGGGCCCCGAGAACGUGUUUGUGAGCGUGUGGGAGAGCGGCAGCGAGGAUGAGACCCAGGAUGCGCUACAUGACCUCGAUCGCGGCCUGGAUCGAUUCGGGGUCCCGCGAAAUAUCACACUGGGAUUUCCAACCGUUGAGGAGGACUCGCAAACGGCGGCGAAAGAGCACGGUUGGAUGGCCGGCACUCGGCAGAUCAGAAAGCAGAGACACAUCCCCUACUUGGCCCGCCGGCGCAAUGCCUCAUUGCAGCCGUUCUACAACCUGCUAGCAGAUGGAAUCACUUUCGACCGGAUAUUGUUUCUGGAGGACGUGGUCUUCACGACGACGGAUGUCCUUCGUCUUUUGGACACGAACAAUGGCGAUUAUGCGGCAGCGUGCGCCCUUGACUUCUCCCAGCCCCCACGAUACCACGACAGUGGCGCCUUGAGAGACUCGCAGGGCCAUCGACCGAUCAUGUCCACAUGGCCUCUAUUCCGCGCCGCCGACUCGAGACGCGCCAUGCAAACCUUGUCACCCGUUCCGGUAGCGAGCUGCUGGAAUGGAAUGGUCGCCAUAUCAGCACAUCCCUUCAUGGCCAAUCCGCCACUGCAAUUCCGAGGCAUUGCCGACCAACUGGCCGCUGCUCGGCUUGAAGGCUCUGAGCGCUGCCUGCUGCACGCCGACAACCCUCUGUCAGCUACUCGGGGCCUGUAUGUGAACCCUCGCGUGCGUGUAGCCUACGGAGGGGUGGCGUACGCAGCCGUGCAGCCCAUCCAGAGCUGGCUGUCCUUUUGGCAUGUCCUGGGGUCGCUGUGGGAAAGUCGCCUGCGGCGGAGCGUGGCCAUUCCGUCACUAAGUGAAUGGAGGGUACGCCGGCGCCUGGCGCGAUGGGAGAGCCGAAGCACAUUGAAUCGCGAAGCCGGUCGCUUCUGUCUCCUGGACGGCUCACAGGAAUUCCUUCUCUUGGGUGAGGUACAGGGGUGA